AUGAGUCACCAGCGUCACUUUUCCGACGCGGCGGUCAAGGAGCCUCACUCUGUGUCCCUCAAGGUUCUCCGGCACGUCUUUUUCCCUAUCCAACUAUUAUAUCAUGGCACCAACCCGACCCCUUUCUUACUCUCCCCCAUCCUCGCCCUCCCCCCAAGCUUCGGCUCGGCAUAUGUUGGGACAACCUUUUCUUGCACCCUCUGCGCGAAUCAUGACAUCCCCCCCCCCAUCGACGGCGGUCCCCCCCUGUCGGUGAAGACGAUCCGGGAUGUCAAGAUCGAAGCAGAGAUGAAGACGCCUUCCUCUCCUACCCUCAUCCCGCUGCUACCCCCCGGGAAUGAUGAGGGAACAGAUCUCAGCCCGGGUGGGACACUCCAAAAGAUUGUGAGUUUUGAUCUACGGGAGGAGGGGGCGCACACGCUGGUGGUGCAGGUUAGUUACUACGAGGCUACGUCGACGAGCGGGAGGGCGAGGAUGUUUAGGAAGUUGUAUCAGUUUGUUUGCAAGGGGUUGUUGGUUGUGCGGACGAAGACUUCUGCGCUUGGGUUGGGGAAGCAGGGGAAUAGGAGGUGGGUUUUGGAGGCGCAGGUUGAGAACUCGGGUGGUGGGGGGGAGACGGGGGAU